CUUGUUUUUAUGUGUGAAUAGUUGGUAAAGUUAUUGCGAAAAUAAAUCUUUAUCUCUACGUGUCCUUACAAUGUCAGAAGAUUAUUCUGUCCGCGCCAAACUUAUUUCAUUAGUUAUAAAAUACUACAGGGGAUCUCUGGAAUUUACGGCUGACGACGUCCCACCGAUGUCAUGGGCCAUUCAGGAGCAAUUUCUGAGCAUGACAGUCUACAACAGCAAAUUACUGCAAUAUCCCGUCAAUAAAAAUUUCAAUAGAUUAUUUUGUAAGAAACUAAUAGCUUUCUUGAAGACUGAGGAAAUCCAUGAUGAUUUCUAUACAUUUUUGUGUUCUGUGAUGUCAGAUCCUAAGGAUGCAUUUUCUUUUGUCCAUUAUGUGGUAGACAAUGAUAUUACGAAGACAAUCAUAAUCAGGCAGACCAAUAGUAUGGUUGUAAAUGGAACUACUGGACUUAAAACUUGGGAGGCUGCUUUGAUGUUAGCUGAUUGGGCCUUAUGCAACCCGCAAGUUUUUAAAAGAAAAAACAUUUUGGAAUUGGGUUCAGGGGUGGGGUUCACCGGUAUUGCCAUAGCCAAGUUCUGUGAGCCGUCUGCCUUGUGCCUGACCGACCAUCACCGAACAGUCCUGGAUAUUAUAUGUAGAAAUAUUGAAAUUAAUUUACCAAAUAUUGGCAAGGAAACUAAUGAAUUAGUCACAAUUUACAAAACUAAUAAUGUGACAAUAAAAACAUUAUUAUUGGAUUGGGAGUAUAUUGAUGAUGAUGUGACUGAUUUAACACCAGAUGUGAUAAUUGGAGCUGAUAUAGUGUAUGAUCCAUCCAUAUUACAGCCCCUAUGCAAUGUCUUCCAAACAUACUUCAAGAAAAACAGUCAACUGGAGAUUUAUAUUGAAAGUGUUAUCAGAAACCCAGAUACAUUUAAAAUGUUUGUGCAAUUAUUAGAACAUUCAGGAUAUAAAUGCGAAAGCCUGCCACAACCACUGCCAGUCCACAUACAUUGGGAUAAUUUUAAUGAAAGAUGUUUACUGAAAAUAACAAAAUAGAAAAUUACCACCUUGA